AAAUCACCAAUUAAUCGUGGUGGGGUGUGCUAAAAAUUCAAUCUUUUUGUAUUCAAAGUCUUCUUUCUUGAUGCCCACCUAUACAUACAUGUUCUAUACAUACCCUUUUGCACCUGCCCCUCUUUUUAACCGAUUUAAACGCCCCCUCCACCUUCUUUGCCUCUGUGUUUACAGGUUACAUCAAUUUUGCAGUCAAGAAGGCGUCUUUGUCAUUGAUUUCAAAGACUGUCCUUUUUACUCUUAAAAUUAGCAUUUAUUCUGCAAAUGCUAAAUUUUAAUAGGUCUAGAAGUCAGGCAAGAACUAACAGAUCCAUGUCUUUAGGAGGCAUGGAUUUCGUGGAUCCGAAGAAGAAAAGCAGUUAUGUAGGAAAAAUUCUUUUGGCCGCCUCCUUAACAGCAUUUUGCAUUCUCGUGCUCAAACAAUCUCCAACUUUUAACACUCCAAGCGCGUUCUCGCGUCAUGAACCAGGGAUUACACACGUUCUAGUAACAGGAGGAGCUGGUUAUAUUGGUUCUCAUGCUGUUCUGCGGCUUUUGAAAGAUUCUUAUCGCGUGACUAUAGUGGACAAUCUCUCUCGUGGAAAUCUUGGCGCUGUCAAAGUUCUACAAGGACUGUUCCCUGAACCUAACAGACUUCAAUUUAUAUAUGCUGACCUGGGGGAUGCGAAAGCUGUGAACAAAAUAUUUUCAGAAAACGCUUUUGAUGCUGUGAUGCAUUUUGCAGCUGUGGCAUAUGUUGGAGAGAGUACCCUUGAUCCUUUGAGGUACUAUCACAAUAUCACAUCAAAUACCCUAGUGGUGUUGGAGGCUAUGGCAGCACAUGGUGUUGGCACUCUAAUAUAUUCAAGUACAUGUGCAACAUACGGGGAGCCUGAAAAGAUGCCUAUUACAGAAGAAACCCCUCAGGUUCCUAUUAAUCCAUAUGGGAAAGCUAAGAAGAUGGCUGAAGAUAUUAUUCUGGAUUUCCAUACAAACUCGAACAUGGCUGUUAUGAUUUUGAGAUACUUCAAUGUAAUUGGUUCAGACCCAGAGGGAAGACUUGGAGAAGCUCCAAGACCAGAACUACGUGAGCACGGACGAAUAUCAGGUGCUUGCUUUGAUGCAGCUCGAGGAAUCAUUCCCGGCCUUAAGGUUAGAGGAACAGAUUAUAAAACUGCAGACGGAACUUGCAUACGUGACUACAUUGAUGUUACUGAUCUUGUUGAUGCUCAUGUUAAAGCCCUUGAGAAAGCAAUGCCUGGAAAAGUUGGAAUCUACAAUGUUGGAACUGGAAGAGGUAGAUCUGUAAAGGAGUUUGUUGAGGCUUGUAAAAAGGCGACUGGGGUAACUAUCAAAGUUGACUUUCUUGAUCGCCGGCCUGGUGACUAUGCUGAAGUGUUAGCCGACCCCACAAAAAUCUUGCGUGAGCUUAACUGGACCGCUCAAUACACUAACCUCCAAGAAAGUCUGCAGGUGGCUUGGAGAUGGCAAAAGUCUCAUCUUAAUGGUUACAAUUCAUAAACCCACAGUACAGUUAUAGUGGAAGAUUAGUUGGAUACCCACCCAGUGUAUGAUUUUGCCCAGUUCUAAAUUACUUAUGGUAGAGGGGUUUUGACAUGCUCACAUAUUUAUUAAAGUAUGUUACGUUGUUAUACAGGUAGUGUUUUAGGAAGUAGCCUUCGAUUAUGAUAAUGUAACACCCUAUUUAAAUAAUAAUGCCAGUUUGGUAUGAUUAAUUUA